AGAGUAAAAAGAGAAUCAUGUGUACUCCAUGGACAAUUCCAAGACUGGUAAGAUGGCGGGUGAGAGACUGGGCUUCCUGCUUCUUGGCAUGCAGGUUUCCUUUAGAUGAGGAACCUGAUACUAACCGCUCUGGUUCGCCUCAGUUGCCAAUCAGAAACGUGGCGUUAAACAUGAAAGAUAGCAAGAAGAUCGCUGAGAACUUAUAUCGGCGCCGAACGGGGAAGUCGAGUCGGACACGAGUCAGAAACAAAAAUGUGAGGGAAGAAACAGGGAGUGAUAACUCGAGCAGCUGGCCGCAUUUUUCAGAUGAUGAUUACAUUGUCUUUUGCUUUGGGGAAGAUGGAGCUUUUGAUGUUUUAAAAGACGGAAAAUCAACAGAGACAUCAUCUGUUCGCUACCCAAGUCGUACCAGUAGGAAUUCAAGGCGUACCAAUCGAAAGCUUAAUUUUGGUAAAGGAGAAGUGGUAAUUAGCAGGAGGUCUCAUGAAGAAGAAGAAGAAGAAAGAAUAGUGUACUUGGAUACAGGUGGGAGAAGAAGAUAUGAGGUUGAAGAAGAUGGAAAAGGUACGAGGGUAUCAGAGGAAUCAAGCGACUCUAAUCAAUCAGAUGGAAGUACAGGCUCCUUUGCCUUUCCCAUAUUAGGAUGGGAAUGGAUGGGCAGCCCUGCAAAAAUGCCAAAAGCAGAAAGCCUGCUCUUAAGGAAGGAGAAGCUUCGCUCUUUAAGUUUUCACGGCUGUAGACCCUGA